AAGGUGGCCUGCUAGUUUUGAAAUGCUGUUCAGAGCGUUUGUGCGCGUUUUUCUUUCACUUUUUGGUUAGUGGCCCUGCGUUUCGCCCCUGCUUUGAGAUAUACGUGUGCUUUUCGUAAUCAACCCCGUCUCUUUAGUCCAUACUACAAAAAAUGACCCGGUCGUCAGUGAAUGAUAGCGGAUAGUGAGCGCUGUGCGUGUGGGGUCAAUCAGUCAGCCGCUUAGAGCAGAAGUGAGAAGCUUCAGCCGGAGUCUGUUGACAGCUAGCAGUCAGUACGGCUCUCUGCUCGAGUUCGUCCUGCUUCAAAACCGAGAAAACAAGGCUUGUGUGUCCUAAAUCUUCAACGCAUGCGUUCGCUGAACGGUACCGACAUCGAUGCUGAGCAUCCGUCGAUUUGUUUCAAUGCCACGAAGUUAAGAGACGGGACGGAACAAUGCUAGCUGGCUAGCCAAGCUAGCUAGUUACUAGCUAACAGAGUUCUCUUUAUUAGCUGAUAUUAUAGGUUAGCUUGUUUGUUGUUUAUUUGGCGCUGCCUCUGUUUUAUAUUUUCACGCUGAGGUGGAUUAGUAACGCUGCCCUGCUCGUGGACGUGAAGAGGAAUUAAAUUUUCUUCCAGUCGUUGCCGGACAUCUAAAUAUGGAAUCGUUUGAAAGUGAGCAAGCCCCACUCCCCAGGAACAUGAUUGAGAACAGCAUGUUUGAGGAGGAGCCAGACGUGGUGGAUUUGGCGAAGGAGUCCCCCUCCUACCCCAUCGAUUCGGAUGAUGUGGUCUAUGAGCCACGCAGUUCCAGGUUGUUGGUGCGAGGCCUUGGGGAGAAUGACCUGGACGAAGAAGAGGAGGACUACGAGUCCUCCGCAAGGCUCCUUGGAAUGUCCUUCAUGAACCGCAGCUCCAGUCAGCGCAGCGCUGCCUCCUACACCCGUCAGCAGCCCUCCAACUCAUGCUCCAUGCCUUCUGCAAAGAAAACGUUGAUGGGGAUCUUGGUCCUAGUCGUGGUUGCCUUAGUUGCCGUGAUCAUCUACUUCGUGCCACGUUGUACCUUCUCCAAGGAUGGUUGUCAAAAGGCCAACUCCUCCAUUGAACAGCUCUAUCCCAAAGCAUCAAAUGGAGAACUUUUCCCAUGGACAGGGCUGAGGCUUCCCGCCAGCGUGCGUCCAGUUCAUUAUGAAAUCUCACUCCAACCGAACCUGACCUCCAUGACCUUCCAAGGGAGCGUGGCCAUCAGCAUUGUGGUCUUGCAGGAAACCAACAAGAUCGUUUUGCACAGCUAUAAUAUGAAGAUCAUCAACGGUACUUUCCAGGAUGAAAAGGUGAACAUCUUGGAGUACAAGCCUUGGCAGCAGAUCGCCAUCAAGCUUUCAAAGGAACUCAAAAAGGGAGAAAAUUAUGUCUUGAAAAUCCACUAUUCUGCAAACCUCUCCAACAGCUACGAUGGCUUCUAUAACAGCUCUUACAUUGACACAAAUGGGAAAAGAAGAGUUUUGGCUGCUACUCAGUUUGAGCCCUUGGCUGCUCGCAAGGCUUUCCCUUGUUUUGAUGAACCCGCCUUUAAAGCCAGUUUUGUAAUUAAGAUAACGAGAGAAGCAGAAUACAUCAGCCUUUCAAACAUGCCUAAGGCUACCACUGCUAACUUAAGCAAUGGGCUUUUUGAAGAUGAGUUUGAGAGCAGUGUGAAUAUGAGCACCUAUCUUGUUGCAUUUGUCGUGGCCAACUUCAGCAGUGUCAGUAAGAAUGUCUCAAACACUCUGGUCUCUGUAUAUGCAGUUCCAGAUAAGAAGGACCAAAUUCAUUAUGCGCUGGACACCGCUGCCAAGUUGUUGGAGUUCUACAAUGGUUUCUUUGAAAUCGAGUACCCUUUGAGAAAAUUAGACUUAGUGGGCAUUCCAGACUUCCUGGCUGGAGCUAUGGAGAACUGGGGACUCAUCACAUUCCGGGAGACGACUCUGCUCAUAGGCGACCAUUCCUCCCCCAUAGAUAAGCAACUAGUGACCUCCGUCAUCGCCCACGAACUUGCGCAUCAGUGGUUUGGAAACCUAGUCACCAUGCGCUGGUGGAAUGAUCUUUGGCUGAACGAAGGCUUCGCAACCUACAUGCAGUACAUGUCUACUGAGGAAGUGUUCCCAGAGCUUGAUAUUGACAAUGAAUUCCUGAGUGUCCGUUUCAAAGCCUUAGCCAAAGACGCGCUGAAUUCAUCCCAUCCUGUGUCUGCUGACGUGUCCACUCCAGAGCAGGUGGAAGAGAUGUUUGACUCUGUGUCCUAUGAGAAGGGUGCCUCCAUUUUGCUUAUGCUCAGUGCAACACUCAGUAAAGAAGCGUUCAGGAAAGGUGUGAUUGAGUAUUUGAGAACGUACAAGGGCUGCAACACGCAGAGUGAAGAUCUGUGGACCAGCCUUUCACAAGUAACAAACCCACACACUGAUGUAGCUGAGAUGAUGGACAAGUGGACGGUGCAAAAAGGCUUUCCACUGGUCACUGUGACCAAAACAGAGUCGCAAGUGAAACUGACGCAAGAACAUUUCGUUCUGAAUGCCGACAAUGCCACAGAUCGCAGCAACCUGUGGCACAUCCCCCUCACUUAUGUCAAUGACACUUGUAGCAACUCCAGCUCUUGUAAGCAAGUGUUUCUCUUCAAGAAUAAAACAGCCACUUUUAAGGUUUCAGACAAAGUGAGAUGGUUGAAGUUUAACUGCAGAAGUGAUGGUUUCUACAUAGUGGACUAUGGAGAACAGGGCUGGAGGGCAUUGAUUGAAGCCUUGAAGGAAAAUGUGAAUGUUCUUCCUCGCGAGGACAGGGCAGCUCUCAUCAAUAACCUCUUUGCUCUGUCAAGGUUGGGCAGGGUGUCCUUCAGACAGGUUUUAAAUCUGUUGGUAUACUUAAAGAAUGAGACAGAAACGGCACCACUGACUGAAGCCCUGACUCAGCUCAACCACAUCUUCAGGCUGCUGGACAAAAGAUCUGAUUUGUUAUUGGUGUCCAGGAUGACGACAUACAUUUUUAUGGUUUUUGGUGAUCUGAUGGACAGCCAGUCAUGGGGAGAGGAAAGCUCUGUGUCUAAGCAAGCACUUAGAUCAGCCCUGCUCGAGACAGCCUGCAACCUGGGCAGGCCUAAUUGCACAGAUCAGGCAAAAAGACUCUUUGAUCAAUGGAUGACUUCCAACAAAACUGAACAUAUUCCUGGAGACCUCCUGAAAGUGGUUCUGUCUGUGGCAGCCCAAACGAAGGAAGAUUGGCAAGUGUUACUUGAUACUUACAAACACUCCAUAUAUGACUCAGAGAAGCGCAAGACACUGGAGGCCUUGGCUAGCACACAGGAUGUGCGAAAAAUUGUGUGGAUCCUAAAAGCUGGUCUUGAUGGAAGUGAAAUUCAGACUCCGGAACUUCCUCUUGUGAUUAGCACAGUGUGUAGACAUUCUGCAGGCUACCUCCAUGCCUGGGAUUUUGUGAAGGAGAACUGGGACAAACUUACCCAAAAAUUUCUCAUUGGAAGUUUUCCCUUGCAAAGCAUCAUCAUGUCCACAACCAGUCAGUUCUCGACAAAGACACAUCUUGAUGAGGUUGAGAGGUUCUUUGGCUCUCUGAAGGAUAGAGGAUCUCAAAUGAGGAGCAUUCAGGAGGCCAUCGAGACCAUCAAGCUGAACAUGCGAUGGAUGGACAGGAACCUGGCCACACUUUGGAAAUGGCUGUAGCUUCAGGGGCCUGCAGCUGUCUCACUGUUGCACACUCCCCUUUCCCCCCCCUCAGGUGAUGUGGCCGAGUACCUGUGAGUGGCGUUACCGUAACACACAGCCUGAGCCAUACGUGUGCAGAGAUGGGCCAUGGACGGGAAAGAAUUGGGGGUACUUAUAUUUGUAAUUUUUAUUUUUAUUUUUAAAUAGAGCUUACUGCUUUUGUUGUUCAGUUUAUUAUACCCUCCUGUUCUCUUUCUUUUGUGGACUAAACUGACUAGCUGGCUAGAUUCUAGAUUGUCUCAUGAAAACAAAGGUUACAAAAUAGAUCAUCAACUCAUGAAGCAAAUGAGGUUAUGGUUUAGAAUGUUACAUGUAAUUGUCAGCACUGUGUUGUUUAUGGGCUUCCUGUUUUGUGGGUAAAGACAUGGUGCCUGUUUUUGCCUUCAAGCAUUGCUUGUUGCUUCAGGUCACAUGGGAAACUCGCUUCUUUUGGGGUGGCUUCAAGACAGCCCAUCUCUGCACAUUCGUGGCUCUGGCCUAUGAACCUGUUUGCACUAUUAGGAGUUCCAGCUUGCUCAGGGUUACUCUGGUUGGUUUAUGAACGAUGAUGUGUUUGAACUCAUUUGCUUCCCACUGCAAUAGCUACAGACCAAACCCUCUCCGCAGUAUCUCUUCAACAUGCCUUUUGCCUGCGUUGCCAAAAAACUAGUCAAUUAAUGAAAGGCAAAUUUGAUUUGUGAAAUCCUGCGAUGGUGAUGGCUGCGAGUAUGACAAUAGAACUCCUUUUUGUGUUGAUGGUCGUGCACCUGUGGUGCUAAGAUAGCGUAUCUGUCUGGAUAUGUGCAGACAAUCAGUUUUUUAAAGGCAUUUGCAAAGCCUCUCAUUUAUGAGUUGCUUUUUUCCCUUUAUGUACAAUUUGAAAAGUGCAUAGUCAUCUGGAACUUGCAACGCCUGUAGCCGGGACUGUGUAAAUACUCUUGCCUUAGCAGUUUUCCAUACAAGCCUCGUCCUUUGCUUUGAGUUUGAAAGUUUGUUUUAGUUUGCCGAUGUAUAUAUUGUGUUUUAUAUUUUUGUGCGGACUUGCACGUAGUGAAGUCAGAAGCUUUUUUUUUUUUCUUUGCCUUGACAAAGUUUAUGCUAAAGCUUAGGAUUUAAGUGUGGGUUUUUUAUUUUGUUUGCUAUGCACAUUGUGAAAGACGUUGAAAGUAUCUAAUUAUAAUAUUAACUUAAAAUGCAUCAGGAAAAAUAUUGAAGGCUACGUAGAGUAGACUUUGGAAUUAUUGGUACCUAUUAAUAUAUAUGAAGAAGACACAUUUAAUGCUCAUACAUUAGGGGAAUCCUAACACAUUUUUUUCAAACAUUUUAAUGUUUUUUGGAAACAAGGAAUUGUAAACAUGUGCCAAAAUUAUUGAGACCCAUUUAAAUGCUCUAAAAUUUGUCUUGGCUGAAGAUAGAUGAAAAUGACAUUGAGCCAGAUUGCCCUUCAAAAAUUGUUUGUAAAUUACAUUGAAUUAUUACUUAAAAGGCCUUUAUAAUGAUAGUAAACAAAUGUUGUUACAAUAUAUUUAUACCAGUCCAUGUAUGAACUAAGCUGCAGAACAGCCCAUUUUGAUUUCUUUGUGGUUGUCAUGUCACAAGCCUGAGCAGAUUUACAUAUUCCUGCCCAUUGCUGUUGAAGUGAUAAGGAGUGUUGUUACUGCAGACAGUCUAUAGCAGAACUUAGAAUCAAAGAUGUGGAGGGAAAUAAGUAAACUAUUCUUGGUUGUUGGGAAGCAAAAGAAUCAUCGCCACAUUUUAAGGACCCAGACAGACCAACUUUUAACCCGAUAGAGAGCAGCCAUGGGUAGUCUUUGCCCUAGGCAAUGGUAGGUACCCCCCUGCUGACAACACAAGGUUGAAAAUGAUCAUGUAAAAAUAAAUAUCUUAAUAAAAGUGCUUGAAAUCACUGUUAGAUUAUUUUCCCUCUUCAUAUUUGUCAAAGGGUGCCAAUAAUUCUGGAGUCAACUGUAGUUUGAAACUGAAGAUGAAGAGAUCUCUAGGGCUUAGUGUUAGACAGACUACUCCUGUUGAAUAUAAUAGCAACAAUGCAAAUUGCUAACUACUGUUAAUGAGAUGGGGCAGUUUAAAUGGUUCAGCAUCUUCGUACCUGUGCAAUGUCAUCAUGGUACUCUGUAAUUAUUGUAUAGGCACAAGUUGUUUUAUUGCACCUGAUAACAUGUAGACCUGAGACGGUACUUAAACUGUGCUAAUGCCAAGUUAGAGAUGCAGUUACAUUUCCUGCUGAAUGUAUAAGCAGUUCUCAUUUUGUGUGGGAAUACAUCAGUGGCUUUAUGAAUGUUACACCAUUGCAUCUGAUGUAGGGGUCCACCAAUACCACCAAUGCCAAUAAUUUACUGCAGGCAAAAUCAGUAACUACGCAAUACAAUAUCAAGUGCAAGGAAUACUAUUAUUCGUUCUUAUGCUUCUCAUAAAUGCUGCCUUUAUGCUCUAUUGGAGUUAUCGUAAAUAAGUUCUUGACCUAAAAAUGAAAGUCCUCUUAACUCGUUUGUGCAGAAAAACAUGGGUGCAUGCAGCAAUUUGAUCUUUGUAUGUCAAGUUACAGAAUUUGAUUAACAUUGAAAGACCCACUUUAAAGGGGAAUUCUGUGGACUUUUCGUAAGUUCUAUAUUUUUAUCAUUUAAUGGUUAAAUCAUUCAGAGUUUGAUGGUUUGAUGUGAAAUUCUCCAUUUUAGAGACACUUGCCAAGUCAGAAUUGUUUACAGUGGUGUUGAUA